AUGUCAGACCUCAAGGCUACCGUCCAAGAGACCAAGACCGGCUUCCACGUCGAGGGCUACGAGAAGAUCGAAUAUGACUUCACCUUCCUUGACGGCGUUUUCGACACGAAGAACAGCAACCUUGCCGACUGCUACACGCGAUGGGGACGCUGCUUGGCCGUCAUGGACCUGAACAUCUACAACAUCUACGGCGAGCAGAUCGAGAAGUACUUUGACCACUACAAGAUGGACCUGAAGAUUCACAAGACCAUGAUCGGAGAAAAGGCCAAAACCAUGGACACGCUGCUGAGCAUUGUUGACUCCAUGACCGAGUUCGGUAUCAUCCGAAAGGAGCCUGUCCUGGUCGUUGGUGGUGGGCUGGUCACUGAUGUUGCCGGCUUCGCUUGCGCGGCCUAUCGUCGAAACACCAACUUCAUCCGAGUCCCAACGACUGUCAUCGGACUGAUCGAUGCCUCCGUCUCGAUUAAGGUGGCCGUCAACUACGGCAACUACAAGAACAGGCUCGGUGCCUACCAUGCCCCGAUGCACACGUUCUUGGAUUUCACCUUCCUCCGAACUCUUCCUAAGGGGCAGGUCCGCAACGGCUUCGCAGAGUUAAUCAAGAUCUCGACCUGCGCUCAUCUUCCUACAUUCAACCUGUUGGACAAGUACUGCGAGCAGCUCAUCGAGACUGGUUUCGGUCGCAAGGACGGUGCGCCCGAGGAGGUCACCAACGCCGCAGACGAGAUCAACCGCGCCGGCAUUCACGAAAUGCUGAAGCUGGAAACCCCCAACCUGCACGAGAUCGGUCUGGACCGAGUCAUCGCUUAUGGCCAUACGUGGUCUCCUCUCCACGAGCUGGUGCCUGAGGUACCACUACGACACGGCCAUGCCAUCUCGAUUGAUAUGGCAUACUCCGCCACUCUUGCCAACAUGCGCGGCCUCCUCAGUGAUGAGGAGCACAAGAGGCUCUUGAACCUCUUCUCACGUGCCGGUCUGUCAAUGGAUCACCGUGACUUCAACGAGGAGAUCCUCGACAAGGCAACCAAGGCCAUUCUCAAGACCCGUGACGGCCUGCUCCGCGCUGCUGUUCCCAACCCCAUCGGCUCCUGCGUCUUUUUGAAUGACGUCUCCGCCGAGGAGAUGAACGCUGCCCUCCGGAAGCACAAGGAGAUCUGCAAGGGAUACCCGCGCAACGGCGAAGGCCUUGAGGCUUUCGUUGACUCCAGCGACACCGGGUACACCAUGAACAACAAGCCCGUCGAGGCCAAGACCAACGGCGCGAACGGCCAUGUUUCGAACGGCACUGUCAUCAACGAUGACACGAAGGUCAAUGGCAAGCCAGUCCAGAAUGGCGAUGCCGUCAAGGCGGCGACCAAGCACGCUUCGGGCCCCGAGGGUGUCGAUGGACUCCAGAACCCGGUGACCAACGGUGCUACCGAGCACGCCAACGGCCUCAACGGACACAGCAAUGGCACCAACGGCCACAGCAAUGGCGUGCACUGA